AUGAGCACAACUACCACACCAAUUAAAUCAUCGACUACUCCAACAAAGAGUAGAGCAUCAUCGGGCACACCUUCAAAGGGUACUUCUAAAAAGACACCUUUAAAGACUUUAAAGUCACCAAAGUCAAAGGAUACAUCUACCACCACCACCACUGCUGCCUUUGCAGUACCAACUACUACCACUACCAAACCACCAGUCUUUGUAAAUAAUAAUAGCUUAAAUACUUCAACAUCACCUAUUGGAGUCUCAACAACAACAACAACAACAACCAAAUCAACCAAACAACCACAACAACAAUAUAUUUCUGAAAAUAAGGAAAACAAAACAGAUAAUUUAGAUUAUCUAAUUAAACAAUCAAAAGAAAAAGAUAAUAAUAAUAGCAAUGAUAACAAGAAAAGAAAGAAUACUAGAGUUAGUAUGGGACGUGUUAGUUUUUCAAAUACUAUAGCCGUUAGAUAUUUUGAAAAGACUGGUCCAAAGAGUGGAAUGAGAAAGAGAACUAGUGUCUCUGGAAUGAUUGCUCCCGCAGCCAACAACACUACUUCUUCUACUUCUACUACUACUACCACUGCUACUGCACCAUCAUCAUCGUCAUCGGUCAAAUCAAAGGGUCCAUUCUCAUCAUCCUCUUCCAAACCACGUAAUUCUCCAUUUGGUGAUGAAGAUGAUAGUACCGAUUCAUCAAUGACAUCCAGUAGUGCUGGAGACACUUCACAAGAGCAACCUACAAUGGACUUUACCGGUGCCUUUGGUCGUAUCUUUGUACCAUUUGUAAAAGAUGAAAUUCAACCUCUCAAAGGUGGUUCCAUACCAAAUGAAGAGUAUGAUGAUGAUGAAGACAAUGACCAACAACAACAACAACAACAACCAUUUAUUUACAACAAUGGAUUACAAGAUAAUAGUAGUAUGAUGGAUAUUUCUGCUAGUUCAAUGGAAGUAUCUGCAUUGACUGAAGAGAGUGAAUUCAACACCAUCAACAACACCAACAGUCCAAUAAUGACAUCCAAUGGAUUAUCAAAUAUUUUAGAUGAUAGUGAUUAUAAUAUGGAUGAUCAACAAGAUGAAGAACAACAAGAACAAGAACCAGAAGAGGAAGAAGAAGAAGAAGUUGAUAUUUCCAAAUUUGGGUAUUCUUCAAUCAUUGAUUCACCAGCACAUAAAAAGAAGAAACAAUUCUUAAAUCAAUCUCCAACAACAAUUAGUCGUAAUGUUGAUGUUGAUGAUGUUGAUGUUGAUAUGACACCCAAGCAACCAACUCUUUUGGGAUUACUUGCUGAUCAAGAAGAUUUAAAUCAAGUAUUUAUCAAACCAAUGACUCCAACAACUUUGAGAAAAUCAUCAAACCUUGAAGAUGAUGGAUCCAACUCUCCAAUUCCAACUUUGACUGAAAUGUAUGAAGAUGAUAUGACUGGAAACUUUAAAGCAAUCAUUGAAAAGAUUGAUAAUAAUAAUAAUAAUAAUAAUAAUAAUCAACAACAACAACAAGAUGAUACAAUUCAAUUCCAUCUUCAAAACGGUACCAAUGGUAUUGCUGGAGCAAUGAAAGAUCUUUUAGAUGAAAAUACAACUGAAACAUUUAAUUUUAUUCAACAUCAACAACAACAGCAACACUCCAAUAAUGUUAGUAUCCAACAAGAGGAAGUGGAAGAGGAGCAAGAAGAACAAGAUAUGACAAUUACUCAAUCACUUGGAAAUAUUAUUCAACUUGGUAAACAACAAUUACAAUUACAAGAAUCAACAACUACUCCAAUUACUCUUACUCUAGUUAACACUCUACAACCAACACCACCAACAGAAAUUGUUGUUGAAGAAAGUUUACAUUUAGAAUUGGAAAAGGAUAUGACUAUAACUCAAUCCUUUGGAAAGAUACUUCAAAUGGCUAAAAGAAGAAGAUCAUUAUUGUUGGAGCAACCUCAACAACCAUCAGCUCCACCAACACCACAACUUGCAUUUGAAGUUGACCACAAUGUAACUAAUAAUCUUAAGGGAUUGUUAUCUGGUCACUUGUUUGACAAUGGCGAUGAAACUUCCAAUAUUUCCAAUAUUUGUUCAACUACCUCUACCUCUACCUCUACAUCAUCGUCCCCAUCUUCGACUGAAACUAUUAGUAUUACCCAAUCCAACCUUUUAAAUUCCUUUUUAAGUGCUAGUAAUGAUCAAAAACAACAUCAACAACAACAACCAUCAGUUGACCAGUCUACUACUCCUAUUGUAGAGUCUAGUGUAUCUCAAGAGGAACCUUCUUCAUUGGCACUCGUCGAUGAGAAUAUUAUUAGUGAUGAUGCUGAUAUGACAAUGACAGUCCAAGAAGAUGAAGAAGAAGAACAAGAUAACCAACCCAAACAACUGGAAGAAGAUAAAUCAUUGUAUCAAAGUAAUUUGGGAGAGUCAAUGGUUACAAGAACCCAAACUAUUCAAGUGGAUAUCCCACUUAGUAAGCAGUAUGCCUGCACUCCAUCAUUUACAGCAUACGAAGGAGAAGGAGAGAAUAGUUUUGUUGUUGGUAAAUUAAACUUUAACAAGAGUAAUAUUACAACUGACCGUAGAAUAUUACCAACUAAAUCUCAAAUUGAAAGGGAAAAGGAAGAGGUUGUUCCUAUUGCCAAGACCACGACUACUACUAGCCAGCCAUCUGCCACCACUGUUACUACCACCACCACCGCUGCUUCUACCACCACCACAACUAGAUUAAUGGAUCCAAUCUUGUUGAUGGAGAAUCAUCCUCCACACCACCACCACCACCAAUACAACCAAUCAACUUUACAAAGUGGACAUCAUCAUAAUAAUCAUCAUAAUAGUCAUCAUCAUCACUCAUUGGCAUUUGAUUCGUUGUCAUUUAGUAGACCUAUGAUGGGUACAAUGGCUGAAAGUACUGCAUAUGGUGUCAACAAACAGUCGAUGAUGUUGGAGGACUUAUUGCCAGGUCGUCUAGAUUACAACUAUUCAUCGUCGAUUGCUCCAUCUGCAUCGAGUGUGUCAGGGGGUGGUGGAUUCAACUCGCCACCAGCUAUUGCUCAUACCAUCACAUUUAACGAGUUCCUUUAUCUUGCCAACUGUAGAUUCAUGGAUGAUUACUCUACCAAGUCUAAACGUCCAUCUCUUGGUGGUUUGUUGAGUAAUAAUAAUAAUAAUAAUACUACUGUUGACCAAUCAAUGACUGAAACCAUUCCUGCAACAGUCGUCGACGAUGAAUCAACCACAUUAAAGAACCAAUUAGUACAUGCAUACAUUUAUCAUAGAAUGUCUGAUGUGUUGAAAGCAGGAUAUGAAGAGUUGAAAAAGAUGAUGGCUCAAACCAACGAAUCCAACCGUGAAAAAGAGGAGCAAAUGAAUACGACCAAUCCAUCUAUCUUUGCCAUUAUCCAACGUGCUACCAAAGAUGGGUUGUUGGCCAAACAAAACUUACUUAAAAAGAUAAAGAUCAAUUCAAAGCUCAACACUCAACUUCAGUAUAUCCAAUGGAGACGUGACUUGGAGAGAAAGAUUGGUCGCGAAUUGACUGAAUCUCGUGAUAGUCUGUCGAGCGAUCUCGAGACCCUAAUCACACGUGCCAAAUCAUUCAAAGAGGUUGAAAUGUCACUCCUCUCUGACGGACACAAACUUAAAGACGUUGAGAGGCAAUUAGAAGCCAAUCAAACUAGAUGGAGUCAGAAACUAGUUGACAAGGGAAAAGAUACUGACCACAACCUAGUCUUACAGUUGGAACAACGUAACCAGUAUCUCAGACUGUUGGAAGGAUCUCUUGCCAACUGGACCAUCAUCCAUAUCUCCAACUCUGUCAUCAAUGUUCAACACCGUGACGAAAACAAAUACAAUAUUGUAUUUAAAUUACAACCAAAACAACAACACCAACAUCAAUUGUCAAUAGUAUCUUGUAGAUUUGUCAUUAACAGUCAGACAGUGUCAAAGAUGGAACAAGAGUUGGUUGAAAAGUUGUCAAUUGAAAAGAAUGUAUUGGAACCUAGAUUAAAGGGAUCUUUAAAGUAUAUCAAAGAGACUUUAGAAAUUGUAUCAGUCUCUAUUACAAGAAUCCAAAGAUUAUGUCGUGAAAUUGAACAAUUAGAGAGACUAUAUAAUAUUAAAACAUUCAACCUUCAACAACAACAACCACUCUUACAUCAUUCAAACAACUAUAGUAAUGCUAGUGGAAAGAGUAAUAUUGGACUAGAGUUGCAUUUGUCAAAUAUGGAAGCAAUGAAAAAGAUCAAGGUUAGAUUACUUGUUCCAACUACCUAUCCAACUGGUAAUAUUGAGUAUAGUUUUGUAUCGAUGAUUGGUAAUGUCGAUCAUCAACAAAUUACAUCAACUCUUUCAAACCAUACUACCAACUACGUCAAUAAUAAUAAUAAUAAUAAUAAUAAUAGAUACCAACCUAGAAAUAGAUUAACUAAAAUUGUACAAUCACUCGAUUCUAUUCUCUAUUCUUCUUAA